UGGCAACGCUGACGCUAAUAAAGCUACUGUCAAAGUUUGCCCAAAGCUAAACCCAAAAUACACAUACAUACGAAAGCCAAAUUCGAGCUGCUGCUGCUGAUGCUGUUGCUGAUGCUGCCCAACAGCAGUGGGCAAUUAAAAACGCAUUGGCAUUCGGGCAUUGUCAGUUGCAAGUGAAAGUGCAGCAGCCGAACGCGCCGCAACAAUGUCGACGCCAUCAACGUCUGCAGCCGCUGCCGACGCUGACGCCGACGCCCACCCAACCAAUCAACGGGGCCUGGGCAAACAGCAGCGCCGACGCCUGGCCGCCUUCGAUUUUGACCAUACAAUUGUUUCCCAGAAUACGGACACCGUGGUGCGCGACAUGCUGCCCAAUGAGCUGGUCAGCUCCUGUGCUCUAACCGAUCUAAUGGAAAACGAAUGCUGGACCGAAUAUAUGGCCGAAAUCUUUCGUUUAUUGUAUGCGCAACAAGUACCAGAGGCGCGAAUACGCGACACCAUACGCUGUAUACCGGAGGUGCCCGGAUUUGUGCGUCUCAUCAAGCAUUUGCAAAAGAAGCUGAAUUUCGAUUUAAUUAUCAUCAGCGAUUCGAAUAGUAUUUUCAUUGAUGAAUGGCUCCGUGCACACAAUCUGUCCGAUUCAUUCAAUGCCAUCUUUACAAAUCCGGCCGAAUUCAAUGAGCACGGCCAGCUGCUGGUGCGGCCAUAUCAUCGCCAAACCGAUUGCAAACUGAGCGCCAGCAAUUUGUGCAAGGGUCGCGUCUUGGAGCAUUUUGUCAUCGAACAGGAUUUACGCUACAAUAUCCGUUACGAUCAUGUCUUUUACGUUGGCGAUGGCAACAACGAUAUUUGUCCAGUUUUGCGGCAGCGCGCCUGCGAUUUUGCGUGCGCCCGUCAAGGCUUCGCCAUGGAGAAGCAUCUGAUCAAGAAUCGCAACAAAUUGAAGCUGCGCGCCCAUCUGCUCAUCUGGCGCAAUGGCUUCGAUUUGCUGGAGCAGAUCUGUGUGCUGCCCCAGCUGCAGGGUCCGCCAUCGCAGGCUCACAAUUUGGAUGCCAAUUGCAAGGCCGAAAUAGGACGACGUGCGUCUGCCGUGGCAGCUGCAGCUGCUGCCGCACCAACCGAUCCAGUCGAGUAGUCAAUUUAAAACACAAACACUUUUACAAAUCUAUAUCUUGAUAUAUAUAUAUAUAUAUAUAUAUGUAUAUAU